ACUGGGCUUUGUGAGGCCCAUGUGGGGAGACUGAGCAGCACAGUCCAGCACCCUAAAAUCUGCACCCAGAUAAACGUUGCAUCUUUCAACCCACACAAACCCCGCCUGACUCUGUCUACCACUCCGCCUGGCAAACAGAGGACACAGCUAUCUCGGCGGAUUCCACUAGGCGUCUUUGCACUCGGCUGUUUAUUUGCUGUACACACAAAUCUCCAUCAAAACAUGACUUACACCUCAGUCCUGCAUUCUUGUGCCCUGUGAGCCCAGUGUGUUUUAGUGAAGAAAAUAACUGAACAUAGUUUUUUUCUGAGGAUACAGAGUCAAAAGCCACUCACAGUCCUGUUACCUGUCUCUCUCGGUACAAGGGAUUUUCUGUUUUGUGGGAGUGUGAGGGCCGGGUUAGGAGGUGAGGAAAUUGAAAAACGGACUUUUGAAAAAGUUAGGUUUACCAUGCGAUGUAACAUAAUUCAAUAUUUAUUCUAUGGGUCUUUGAUAUUUGGCAUCUGGACAGCUCUAUUCUUUGUGUAUUUUCACCGCGAGUAUAUGAGGAACCCACACAAGAAAAUCCAGGAACCUGCAUUAACUUGGUCCCAAGUUGUCCAAGCCCCGGAGGAAAUAGCAAAGCCGUUCCUAGUAAUGGACAGCGCUGAGGAGGAGGUGCUUACCGAGUGGAAGCCGUUUUCUCCCUUAAAUCAGGAAGUUAACUAUUCAGACCCAGAGUUCUUAGACGGAUUUGUAAACUACGGAUUUAAUGCCAUGCUCAGUAGAAGUUUGGGCCCCGAGAGAGAGGUACCGGACACCAGGGAUAAAAGGUGUCAUUACAAGCAUUACUCACACCGCCUACCGACCGCCAGCAUCAUCAUUUGCUUCUACAAUGAGGAAUUUAAUGCCUUGCUUCGGACGGUGUUCAGCGUGGUGUACCUCACGCCGCCUCAUCUCCUCGAAGAAAUUGUUUUAGUGGAUGACAUGAGCACAUUUGAUGAUUUGAAAGAAAAGCUUAAUUAUUUUCUGGAACGUUUUCGGGGAAAGGUUAAAUUGGUAAGGAACAAAAAGAGAGAGGGACUGAUCCGAGCAAAGAUGAUCGGCGCGUCACACGCCUCAGGCGAAGUCCUGGUGUUCCUCGACAGCCACUGCGAGGUGAACAGAGUGUGGCUGGAGCCCCUGCUGGACGCCAUCGCUCGGGACUCCAGGACCGUCGUGACCCCUCUCAUCGACGUCAUUGACGACUUGAGCCUGGCCUACUCGCCCUCUCCCUUGGUUCGGGGCGCCUUUGACUGGAACCUCCAGUUCAGGUGGGAUAACGUUUUCUCUUAUGAGAUGGACUCUCCAGAAGGCCCAACGAACCCGAUCCGGUCACCUGCAAUGGCUGGAGGAAUUUUUGCUAUACACAGGCCCUACUUUUAUGAACUUGGACAGUACGACAAGGACAUGGAUAUUUGGGGAGCAGAGAAUUUGGAACUUUCACUAAGGAUAUGGAUGUGUGGAGGCCAACUCUUUGUAAUUCCCUGCUCCCGAGUGGGACACAUCACAAAGAGGCACCUGCAAACGGAUAUACCCCUCAGGAACGCCAUGGUCCGGAACUAUCUGAGAGUGGUGCACGUCUGGCUGGACGAAUACAAGGAGCAGUUCUUUCUUCGAAGCCCUGGCUUGAAAUCCAUGACAUACGGAAACAUUAGCGAACGCGUUCAGUUAAGGAAACAACUGGGCUGUAAGUCAUUUCAGUGGUACAUGGAAACCGUCUUCCCAGAGCUGGAGGCAUCCAUGAACAGCUGAUGAAGGAAAAAAGUCAUUUUCGUUAAUAGUUAAGAAACCCCCUCAUCCUUCAAGAUGGUGGCACCAGAGGACAAGUUUGGAACGUCAUGGAGUGAUGUGAAAAGCAGUAAGAAAUACAACCAGAAUGGCCUACA